GGAAGUUUCGAAGUUAGUUUAUCCUAGUGAUGGACUCAGGAAUUACAGAUAAUAUUCGACGCCGGAAACGAAGAGAACUUACAGCAGGACAAAAACAAGAAAUUGUUGAAGCAUUUGACCUUUUUGAUACAGACAAAGAUCAGCAAAUCAGUUAUUAUGAAUUCAAGGUUGCACUUCGAGCACUUGGAUUUGAGUUAAAAAAACAAGAGGUUCUAAAAACUUUGGAGGACUACAACAUCAAAGAAGAUUCUGGAAAACUACGAUUUGAAGAUUUCAAUGAAAUAGUGACAGAUAUGAUUUUAGACAGGGAUCCUGUCACGGAAAUGGUACGAGCCUUCAAGCUGUUCGAUGAAGAUGAUUCUGGGAAAAUUACUUAUCGUAAUCUAAAAAAGAUCUCAAAAGAACUUGGUGAAAAUUUAUCAGAUCAGGAACUUCGUGCCAUGAUAGAGGAAUUUGAUCAAGACGGGGAUGGUGCGCGUAAGUUUUUAGCAGCUAGUUUAUUUUGGUGCAGGUUAAUUCUGUAUAUCUUCACUGUAAAUAAAACACGCUCGUAGCAAUGGUCUUUUACCAACUUAUGAUAUUCACUUCAGUUUUUCAGGUUAAUUUUGAGUGUUCCACUGUCACUAAUUAUUAUUACUGUUAUUGUGAUGUGGUGUUUAAAAUAUUUGAUGAUUUGAGUGAUAAGAUAUGAGGAAUAUUACGAUCUUCAACUUGUACUGUACACCUCAUCCUCUGGUUUUGACCUGAAUCACUCAGAAUUAUUGUCUUCCAUUGCUAUACGCACAGUUUUGGCUUACACCUUAUAGGUAGAACUUCUUCAGAGUUGUCGGGUAUCUUUUGAUUCAGUCUCAGUAAUACUCAUUCAAUUGUCUUAUUCUGUUGAUUUCAAUCAUCUUACAGCUAUUUACAUAUUAAAAUUUAAAAAAAAGAUAAUGUCAAGUUAGUGUUUCAUGACCACUUUAUUCCAUGAUUCGAUUAAUGCACAUGCUAAAAGAAUGAAUAUUGAUAAAUUUCAGCAUAUUGUAUACAUCGUUUUUAUUCACUACUUUUAAAAAGUUACAAUAACAAUAAACAUUGUUAUUGCUUUUAUUCUUAUUACUCUAUGUGUAGAAAGUUGAAUACAUUUCUGUCAUUUCCGCUUUGUAUAUACUUUUUCUCAUUCUCUUUUCAUAUAUAUUAUUUCUAUGACCGAUACUAUAUAUAUAUAUAUACUUUUGAAGCAUAAUUCUAUUGUGUAUGCAUUAUUAGUUGGUCGCCGGCAUCUAAUUAACGUUUCUCAUGUUCCCAAUAAUAAGUAUACCAUUUUUCAUUAUGGUUUGAAUGCCUUAUCAUUAUUAUCACUGGUGAAUAACCAUCCUAUCACUAUACAUGUCCUACAUUAUUAUAAUUAAUAUGAAUAAUUUAUUCUAGUUUCAUAUGUAUAUGUUUCUAAUUGUUGUUGAUAUCGUUACAUCAUUUAUAUGCUAUAGCUCAACCAGUUUAUGUAUAUCCAUUAUGUUUGUAAAUCUAUCUCUUGCUUUUGCAUGCAUGAAAAGAUUGCCACUUCUUUAAUAUACAUUAAUAUCCUAGUUAUUUUUCACAUUUACAUUUGAUCUUUGUUUCUUACCUGGUUUGUUUAGUUAAUAUUUCUCCAGACACGAUUUGACAACAUAUCUCAAUACAUUUAAAUACCCUAUCCACAUAUUGUUUGACUAACGUAGAAAAAUCGCAUACUAUUCUUUAAUUUCUCUUCAUUAUACUUAGACAGAGGGAGACAAACAAAAGUGCUAAACUUGAAACAUUAUUCAUCUCAUGUUUUAUCGUCUUCUCCGUAAGCGAAUAAACUAAUUUUAAUUUUGAAACGUUGUAAGCGGGAUUUCAGUAUAGGCCAAUGAGACUCGUAGACGAUUUGUAGACAUAUGACAUUUAAAAGUCUAUAUCAAAUAAACAUUCAGGGAUGGUGUAUGCAAACUAUGUAUUGGUUAAACAUUCAUUAUCUACUAUUUUGCAAGAAACAUAGGCAUGAAAUCAAUUUUUUAAUUUAUCAUGACGAAACAAUCUGUCUAGUUAACAUACAUUCUGUUUGACAGACAUUUGUAUAUCUCAUUUGUUUAAGUUUUUGACUUUUGUCUUAUCUGUUAAGGAUUCAAACUUUGUAAUACUGUCUGAAUUUGAACAGCUAGAUGGCCUGAUAUGUGUCGUGAAUAUGUACACAUUAUUAGUAAUAACAAUAUACUAGACUGUUUGAAUCCAACUUGAACCCUAGUACCUGUUUCUAUAUUUAACUUCUACUUCAUUCGAUGAAUUAAGAAAUUUUUAUCAAACCCAUUUCUGUCGUUCGUUUAUUUCUAAGUAUAUCCAUUUCUUUUCUGUUACAACUAACCAAAUAGUUAUCGGUCCGUUGGAAAAUGUUGCUAGCUAUUGACUGUAAAUACAAGGGAUGUUAUCCUAAAGUACACAUCAUAUUUUGUGUUAUGGAUUUGUUACAGAUUCUUAAAAGUGAUUCCUUAUACCAGCAAGUCAAAACUCUACACAUUUUCAGUGGAGAAUUAAACAUUUCGACUGCUCCCGCUAACUUUGCUUCUUUGGAAUUUACAACUUACCUAAUAUCUGUCUCAGCUUUAAAAGACGAUGUUUAGGUUUUUAAAUAAAGUUAUUCGGAUGUCGUAAAUCAAUAGUUGAAGGUCCUACAUGACUUAAAUGUAUAUCAUCUACAAUGACGCAGUUGCAUUCACUGCUUACAUUUCUUUGAAUUUGAAUCAUCUAAUUUUAGUUGCAUAGGUUUAUUGACAAGUUGACUGUAUUCUCAUCGUUUACUUUACCUUAUCAUCUUCUGUUUUUUGAAUUUUUUUAAAAUGUUUUGAUGAAUCAGAAUCUAUUCAUUUUUAUAUGUUUUCUGUUUACUACACUACUCAAUCUUCUUAUUUAUGUUAAGUACAUCAUUUAUUGGAACCCCGCUGAUGGAUAGUCCGUAUUAACAAAGUGGGCAUACUUAAUUCCAAAAUGAAGAGAUUAGGUUUGCUGUUACAGUACUCGAUUCUCAACUGACAGAUCAUGGGUGUGAACCUCAUUUAUCGAUUCUUGUUUUAGGCAGAUAAUUUAUUUCACUUUUCCCUCACACAGUUAAUCUGGAUUAAAGCAAACUUUUACUUGGUAAAUGUGUGCAACUAUUGUUUAGUUGCACAUUAUAUUAGUUUCAGUAUUACUGACUUCUUGAAUGGAUAGUGAAUGCUAUUGAUUUCUGAAUACAAUAAUUUUAUUGCAGAAGUAUUUAUCCAAUUAUAUUUUAUCGAAUACAAAAGCAUUAUGAUUUCUUUAGUCACCUAUUGAUGAUUCAAUUUAUUAUAUAUGUAUUUUGAUGCUUCUUAAAACAAUUCAAUAAAUCAUAAAAUAUACGUAUACUACAUCAUUAAUUCUUUCUACCAUUUGACGUGAGCUUAUAUUUAUAGCAUAUGUUUCAGUAGACAGAAUGAUUGAUGUAUCGAUCUGUGUUUGAGAGGAUCUAUUUCUUCAAAUUCAGAAACUACCCAUCUAGUCCCCUGGAAAAUUAAGCCAUAUUUUCAACCAAUAACAUAUGUCUGUUUCCUCAGAAAGCUAAACCAAAUCCUGACCAACAACAUGUCCUCAUUAACAUAUUUCACUUCUUAUUUGGUCUAUAUCUGAUUAACCUAGAGUAUCAUACAAUCUGUAGAUAUCAUACAUGGGAUAUAUAUUCCAGUAAAUUAAUUGACUGAAGAGAAUAAUCAUUUUUGUUGUUUUGAUGGUGAAUCAUCUAAAACUUAAAGAAUAUUAUGUAAAUAGGUUGAAAAUCAGGUCAACUUUAUUUUCUCUUACAUGUAAAAAUGUAUAAAAAGUAUAUCUUUCCAUUUGGAUAAAUUUGUUAAGGAUAAAUUCAUUAUGCACUUCAUAAAUACGAUAGAAAUUCAAUCUUAUUAGUUAUUUCGUUAUGUUUAGUGUCACUUUUGAUUUGUUUUUUGUAUUGUAUUUGCGCAAUAUUCAUAACCAUAUAAUCUGAGUUAUGCUUUUUGUACAUAAAUGAAGUUUACUUCAUUGUGAGGAAACUAAGCUGUUUUAUGAAUUGCUUAAUUAUCUUUUUUGUCAUUUCUAUUUGACCGGAAUAAUUGCUAUUAUUAGUUAGCGGUUAUUCGUGUGUAUGUCAUUAUUCAUAUUUUCUUAUUUUUAAGAGGAGGACUGUCAGACCUCACCACAGUGACAAAACCUACACUCCCGAGCGCACCCGAUUAGGGUUCAUUGUGAGUUUCAACCCACCGAGGUGAAAUGGUGACCCUCCACCAGGGGCCAGAGCAUCCUUGAACCCGGCGCUAGAUAUUAAGUAUGUGAGGAAUAUAUUAGUCUUGAUACAGAAUGUAGGCACUUGCCAUUUUUCUUAACUCCCCUAUCCUGAUUGUAACUGAUUACUAAUAAAAAAAUUUCCAUCUCUAUAGUUUAAAUUGUUUAUCGUUCAAAUAAUUCUAAAAUAUGUUGAAUCGGUCUUAUGAGUAAUAUACAUUGUAUUCAGUAUUAUCAUAUCAAUUAUUGUUGUAAUUUAUUCUCAUACUUUCUUUCUUAGUUAAUUUGGAAGAAUUUAUGGCACUAAUGACAAAGGAAAUAUAAUUCACCAAAUUGUUUAUUGAAUCAAACCAAUAACUGUGUACUUAAUUAUCCCAGUUAAAUACAUAUCUUCAUUCUUCUGAACUCAGUUUGAUAUGACCAGUAUAGUUUGAAUCUGCCUUCCUUUUGAAUUUGAUACUGUUUUUUGUGUUUGUGAUGUACGUACGUACGAAGUUCUACGUUGUUACUGACUGACUUUGUGUUUGUGAACGAUCAGCUCCCGAUAUGGAUGGUGAUUAUUGUUGAUGGCAGUUGGUCUACACUAAAAAAAGUAUUCCAUCUUAUUUAUUUCCUCUUACUGGGCAUCAUCAUCUAUGUAUAUUAUCAUUCUGUUCAAUUCUUUAAAAUAUUUCAAAAAUAAUCUACAUUCUUCUACUUUUAUUGUUCACAGCUUUCUCACAUUUAUGUAAAAUACAUUAUAUACGUAUAUAAAUAUC